AUGGCAAGCCGAAAGUUUAAUUUGUGUCACGAAGCUUCCUUCUGUGCUGAGAAUACACCAGUGACAGUCGUCCCAUCCUUUUCCUACAAAUCUACGCUUCCGCUGAUGUCCUCACAACGACAGAGCUCUGUCGGUCCCUUUGUGGCCGGUAUGCCCAUGGAAGUUCCUCUGUGGAUAGCCAAAGUCUUGCAGCAACGAAAGCUUGCUCAAAUCCAAAUUCCUGAUUGGCUGAGCCCUGAAAGUUUGACAGCAACCUUGACCGAAGAACGUCAAGAAAACAUGUUGACCGAUACGCUUCCCUUUUAUUACUUUGAAAUUGCUCGAUCCUUGCAAUGGGCCAUGGACUCCAAGUCGACCAUGAUUGUGCUUCAGGAUUUGGCCAAUGUGCGAACGGACAAAAUUCGAUCGCAUUUUCACGAAAUGAGCAAGGGAGACUUGGAAAAAAACGAGGGGGAGCUGCCUGAAAUUACUAUUACCGGAAUUUGCAGCAUCGAAUUGAAUACAGUGGGACCGUUUUUGCAACGUGCCUUUUCGGAUUAUGGGUACUUGACAAAAUCACAAAAGCAAGCUGCGGGUGGUGAUUUUGAAGGAGAGGGAAAUACGCAGGGAUCCGAGGGAUUCAAACGACCAUCCAGCUUGGGCUCAAGGCUUCUUAAACUUCGCAAGAAGGCCCUUUCCUAA